CAAGAGAAAGGAGACGUGGUACCAGCCUGACAACUACUGGCAAUGCUCCUUCAAAGGUGUGUCUGAGGAGAUGUUCCAGAUGAGGCAUGGACUUGAGGCUGAGGCUGCCGAUGAAGGACUCAUUUUAACUUAUUGAUGAUGGGGCAAUGAAUAGAGUUUUUAGUCAGCAGACUGGAAGAACGUGGAAUCUGAGGGGUGGCAAGUAAAGGAACAGGCUAGAAGGCUCCUAAUUCUGAGCAGUGAACUUUGAGAAGUAUCAGCACAUCACAGCCACUUAUCUGGAGAGUACUGGAUGUGGGAGCACAGCCAACGAGGAGCCUCACAGAGAUCAGAGUGGAGAUCUGAGCCCCCACGUGAUGACUCAGUCUGUGCCAGACACGGAAGAGAAGCCAACACCUCAGGAGACGCCAGGCCCCCACCUCUGUGUUUUGGAACACACCAGAAUGAGAGAAAUUGUGGCUUCCAGUGGGAUAGCUGUGGAUGUUUCCUCAAAUCAAAACCACGGUGUCCGGUUAGGGAAGGCUGUAACACCUGACACCUCAGGACACACACCAAACAAGCUGCAGAGAUUCCUGAAGGAACAUCUCAAACUCCUGGGGGUGGCUCAGAUUAUGAUUAGUGUGAAAUUCAUCGUCUACGGGAUAAUUGGAAUUUCAUUUCUCCAUUACGCAACACCCAACACCAGUUUCUUCUCAUUUCAGACAGGCUUCCCGAUAUGGGCAGCUUUACCUUUUAUCGUUUCUGGAUCUAUGACAGUUGUGUCUGCAAAGAAGCAAACCAAAGCUCUGCUGAGAGGAAAUCUGAGAGCUAACACUCUCAGCACAGUUGUUUCGAGUAUCGGAAUUCUUAUUCUUUCACACAACUUAGUAAAAAUCACCUUCAUGAACUGUGACAUGGAAGAUUUAUGUCUUGGUGUCACAUCAGUUGUAACUGGUCUUGUGGUUAUACUGAUGAUCCUGAACUGUCUGCAAUUUUUAAUUACACUUGCUCUGUCCAUGCUUACCUACAAUGUGGAUGGCAAGAGAAUUGACUGGGUUUCUGCAUUAUCUUUCCUGAAAUCGGCUUCCGAAAGUCCUUAUCAAGGCUUGUUGCAUCAGCCUUCCUUCUACCAAAAUCUUGAGAGGAAGGACACAUUGUUAUACUAUAACACCUGAGACAAGUGCCGAUGUGAGAGUAUGCUUCUGCUACCUGCAGUCAUGGAGAUGGAAACUGGAAGAAUAAAACGAGAUAAGGCCAAAACCUUCUUUGGAUCCUCCUUUGUUGACUACUAUUGUAUUAGUCAGCAUAGACCAUGAUGCUGUAAUAAGAUUUCAUCCCUGAAACACCUGUGCUUAUCAUAACUUAACCGUAUUAGCUGCAUGUUCCAUGUGACCAGUAGGUCACAGCCACCCCUGCCAAUUACAGUCAUAUUAAACCAACACAGACUGAAGGGUUUAGCUACAAUUCAGUAGAGGCUUGAGUACAGGUGAGAGACAGGUUUACAUCACGGGCCAUUGUUGGUAUCAUCUCUAACCAAUCGAGCUUCUAAUCAAUAAAGGAUUUCUCAUUCUCUUUUCAUGGAGAUAAGUCUGGCUAAACAUUACAGCCAUUACCAAUAUCAUAGGCAGCUUCUUAAAUGUAAAAGACUAGUAACGUAUUGUUUUGAUCAAACAUUUAUGGUGAUUAUUUUUCUUGGGAUAAAGAGACCAGAGCACAAGCCUCUCUUACAAAAGCCUCCUCAAUACGAUUUUUAAAAUUCCUUUUUCUCUUUUUAAAAUUUUUUUAAUGUUUAUUUAUUUUUGAAGGAGAGAGAGAGACAAAGCGUGAGUGGGGGAGAGGCAGAGAGAGAGGGAGACACAGAAUUCGAAGCAGGAUCCAGGCUCUGAGUUGUCAGCACAGAGCCCGAAGUGGGGCUCGAACUCAUAAACCAUGAGAUCAUGACCUGAGCUGAAGUUGGACACUUAACCCACUGAGCCACCCAGGCACCCCAAAGUUCCUUUUCUUCUCAGUCUU